AUGUUAGAUAAAUUAAGGAUUUUAUAUUCGAAAGAUGAAAUCCUUGACUUAGAAUUAAGAGACUAUUACGAUAUUAUGAAACUAGGAUACUUCUAUAGAGAUAAUCAAAUAGUUAUAGUCUUUAAGAUGCCGAUUGCCUUCCCUCAACUUUACAACCUUUAUAAAUUAUCCGUCAUUCCUAAUAGAAAUAAUCAAAUCCUUAUACCUACCUCACCUUAUAUAGCGAUUUCUGGAAAGGAUUCUACGUACAUGGAGGCUGAAUGCCCGAAGGUAAAUUCCCUGUACCUCUGCGAGACGAAGACGAGAUACGAAACACCAGAUGAACCAAGCUGCAUCCAGCACCUGAUUCUCCACCAGGAACUUCUCCCAUCAUGCAAACUUACCAGAGUCAUAUUGAAGAAAGACGCCGUAGAACAACUAGAUGAAAAGCAUUACACCAUGAAUUUCCCAAAACCCACAAAGGUUAAGAUAUUCUGCAAGCAGGAAAUCUACAAAACUCUGGAAGGAAGCUAUCUGGCUGUCAUCCCAUAUAACUGCUUUAUCAAGACACCACACUUCACUAUAGCGAAUUCCAACAACCACAUCAAGGGAUUUGCCCUGGAAAUCAUACAACUGCCUAUAUCCAGUGAGCCACCAGCGUCGAGGGAGCCACCAGUUAUACUAAACUCUAUUGACUUAGAAAAUCUACACUCUGUCAAUAAGAAGAUAAUCCUCGAAACUCCAGUAGAACUGAGCCACGUCACCGAUACAAGCCUUUACCAUACAACGAUUCCUGUCUACGCUAUACUAUUCGGUGCAGGUGCACUCAUCAUUGCAUUGGUGUAUCGUCAGCAGCGAUUACGACGUUCUCAGAGAAACCAGUCUUCAGAAAGUCAUAACCUACCACCUUCUGGAGAGAGCGCUGAAACCCAACCAUCCAGGAAGACUAACCCCAGCGAGAUUAUAGUUGACCACAGCAACAUUUCAUCAUCCCUUCCACGCAGGAUUUCGAAAUAG